AUGUCAGGAGGGCAGCAGCAGUCCCAGGCCGGUGACACCAGAGGCGCCACACCCAAGAGGCAAGACCAGACUGAUUGGAGGUCACUUGCGGACGCCACCGCGAACAUACCAAACCCGAUGUACGUCUCUAGAGCAGACGGCGCGUAUCCGGGUGGAGUGAGCGGCCGCCGUGGUGUCUGUAGCUUCCUCCGCGCCCGCCGCAGCUGCCCGGCCGUCGGCAUCGCCGUGCUGCUGGGUCUGGUCGCCGUGGGACUCGCCCCUCUCACGUUCAGCAACAAACAGGAAAUAUCUCAAUUGUCGACAACUAUGAAACGCGACAUGCAUCAACUGGCUACCACUGUCAACGCUUUGAAAUGCGAUCAAGGUGACAUGUGCAAACUGUUUGCCGCUGUUGACGCCUUGAAACUUGACCUGGACAACGAGCGAAACCGAUCCGCCACCUUGGAGCAGCGUCUUAAAGACGACAUGUCCACCGCUGUUGACGCCUUGAAACGUGACCUGGACAACGAGCGAAACCGAUCCGCCACCUUGGAGCAGCGUCUUCUCAAGAUUGAGAAGAUAUUUUGUCCCGAAGGUUACACCAAGCUGCGUGAAAUCUGCUACAAGGCCUUCAAAACACGCAAGACCUUCAGCGAUGCGGCGGCGACCUGUCGUGCAGACGGCGGCACCCUCGCCAUGCCCCGAGACGCCAGGACCAACGCCUUCCUCAGCACCCUGUACAACUCCGUGCGUGACGAUCGGCGCUUCUGGUUCGGCCUGCACGAUCAGCGCGAAGAGGGAAGGUUUGAGUGGGUGGACGGUUCUGCACUUGGGCCGUACAGCUCCUGGGCUCCGGGAGAACCGAACAAUCUGGGGUGUUGUGAUGAUUGCGUCAUUUACUCCGCAAGGAAGAAAGACAAGUGGAACGACGAAGAAUGCAACGAGAUGUUUCGCUUCAUAUGCCAGGCUGCUCCAGAACGUCCAUAG